AUGAGCAAUCCAUUCGAUCGUAUUAAAGAGACCUUGUCUGUGGGUCCAUCCUACUCCUUUUACAACUUGAACAAGUUGAAUGAUCCAAGAGUCGCACAAUUACCAUACUCAAUCCGUAUUCUCUUGGAGGCAUCCAUCCGUAAUUGCGACAACUUCCAGGUUCACGAAAAGGAUGUCGAGAACAUUUUGAAUUGGAAGACCACUGCCAACAAUGUGGAGAUUCCAUUUAAGCCCGCUAGAGUACUGCUUCAGGACUUUACUGGUGUACCAGCCGUAGUUGAUCUCGCCGCCAUGAGAGACGCCAUGAAGAGACUCGGUGGUGAUCCCAACAUGAUUAAUCCCUUGGUUCCAGUUGAUUUGGUUAUUGAUCAUUCUGUUCAGGUUGAUGUUUCAAGGACUGCUGAUGCCUUGGAGGAGAACCAAAAGAUGGAGUUCCACAGAAACAUCGAGCGUUUCAGAUUCUUGAAGUGGGGACAACAGGCCUUCAAGAACCUCUUGAUCGCACCACCAGGCUACGGCAUUGUUCACCAAGUCAACCUUGAGUAUCUUGCCCGUGAGGUCGUCAAGGGAGACAAUGGUGUCCUCUACCCAGACUCUGUCGUUGGUACCGACUCUCACACAACCAUGGUCAAUGGCCUUGGAGUUUGUGGUUGGGGUGUUGGUGGUAUUGAGGCUGAGGCCGUCAUGUUGGGCCAACCUAUGAGUAUGGUUCUUCCAGAGGUCAUUGGCUAUAAAUUCGUUGGAAAGCUUCCAGACUUGGUGACAGCCACUGAUCUGGUCCUCUGUGUCACCAAAGAGUUGAGAGCCAAGGGUGUUGUUGGAAAGUUUGUUGAGUUCUUUGGCGAGGGAGUCUCUACACUCUCUGUCCAAGACCGUGCUACCAUCUCCAACAUGGCCCCAGAGUAUGGUGCUACCAUGGGCUACUUCCCAGCCGACGCCAACACAAUUAAGUACUUGGCCAACACUGGCCGUCCAGCUGAGAACCUCGAGUACAUCGAGGCAUAUCUCAAGGUUCAGGGUCUACUCUGCGACUACAGCCGCAACGAGCAGCUAACGUACUCCUCCACCCUGGAGCUUGACCUCUCAACAGUCGUUCCUUCAUUGGCCGGACCAAAGAGACCGCACGACCGUGUUGCCACCGCUAACAUGAAGUCCGACUUUGCUUCCUGUUUGAAGUCACCAAUCGGAUUCAAGGGCUACGGUUUAACACCAGAGCAGAUCGCCAAGAAGGCCACCUUUGUCCACAAUGGACAACAAUUCACCAUCACACAUGGAGCCGUUGCCAUUGCUGCAAUCACCAGUUGCACCAACACCUCGAAUCCAUCCGUAAUGAUUGGUGCUGGUUUACUCGCAAAGAAUGCAGUUGAGGCUGGUCUCUCUGUUGCCAGCUACAUCAAGACCAGUUUGUCGCCAGGCAGUGGUGUCGUCACUGAGUACCUGAACAAGAGUGGUGUGCAGCCAUUCUUGGACCAAUUGGGAUUCAACUUGACUGGCUAUGGCUGUAUGACUUGCAUUGGUAACUCUGGGGAGCUUGCCGAGUCCGUUGGUGAGGCUAUCAUCAAGGAGGAUCUGGUUGCCGCCGGUGUGCUCUCUGGAAACCGUAACUUUGAGGGUAGAAUCCAUGCCAACCUCCGUGCCAACUAUUUGGCCUCACCACCUCUGGUCGUUGCCUACGCAUUGGCCGGAACAGUUGACAUUGACUUUGAGACCCAACCCAUUGGCAUUAGCUCCAAGACAGGCAACCCAGUGUUCCUCAGAGACAUUUGGCCAUCGUCAAAGUUGAUCCAGGACACCAUUACCAGCUCCGUUUUGCCAGAGAUGUACAAGACUUUCUACUCCAAUGUUACUGGUGGAAACCCAAGAUGGAACGCUCUUGAGGUACCCCAAACCUCUCUUUACCCAUGGGAUGAGAUGUCCACAUACAUCCACAACCCACCAUUCUUCCAGUCGAUGCAACUCUCCCUUCCCACUCUGACCGACAUUAAGGAUGCCUACUGCCUGCUCAAUCUUGGUGACAGUAUCACCACCGAUCACAUAUCGCCCGCCGGUAACAUCAGUCGCAAGUCCACCGCUGCCAAAUAUCUGGAGGAGCAUGGCGUCGAUCCAAAGGACUUCAACACCUACGGAGCUCGUCGUGGCAAUGAUGAGGUUCUUGUGCGUGGUACCUUUGCCAACACUCGUCUCGUCAACAAGUUGGCACCAUCAGUCGGUCCACAAACCACUCAUAUUCCAAGUGGUGAGGUCCUCUAUGUCUCUGAGGCCGCUCAAAAGUACAUUGCCAACGGAUCGCCAUUGAUCGUUCUUGCUGGUGCCGACUAUGGAAGUGGAUCAUCCAGAGAUUGGGCCGCCAAAGGACCAUACCUCCAGGGAAUCAAGUGUGUCAUUGCCGUUUCCUUUGAGCGAAUUCAUCGCAGCAACCUUGUUGGCAUGGGUAUCGUACCAUUGCAGUUCAAGGAAGGACAGAACGCAGACAAACUUGGAUUGAAGGGCACUGAGCAGUUCAACAUUGAGAUCCCAGCACAGAUCACCACUGGACAAACAAUCGUUGUCACAGCGAGCAAUGGAACCAAGUUCGAGACUACCUUGCGUUUCGACACACCAAUUGAGAUUGAGUACUAUAGAAACGGUGGAAUCCUCCCAUACGUCCUCCGUCGUCUCCUCUCCAACAAGUAA